UGCGGUUUUUGAGACGUAACGUAAACUGCACUUUCAAAGUCUGCAUCAUGGGGGAUCAGAUCAUAGUUAUAGACUCACCUGUUGACGCAGUCGAGAUAGAUCAAGUUUUUAUCCGUAAAAGUAUCAAAUUUGUGCUACCUAAUAAUAGGGUGGAUGAAUUUGUUAGCUUAGUAAAGCCGCAACUACCAAUAUCACCUUUCAAGCUACCCACAGGUGAAGUGGUAGAGUCACAAGUGAACAACAGCUCGUACUUUGAUGAUGAAUACUGUAAUAUGUUCAAGGAGAGAGUUGUUAAAGCAGAGGCGGCCGAGUUAUAUCGUGUUAGAUGGUACGGAAACGAUUUUAGUAGAGUCGAAGACUUGUACGUUGAAAGGAAAAGACACCACAACUACAAAAAGGUCGGCAAAUACUCGAACAAAAAGAGAUUCGACUUACCUAAAGAAGAGAUGGCCCGUUUCCUACUAGGUGCACCUGUUGAAGAACUUAACCCUUCGAAAGCCAAACUUGCCAGCGAAGUACAGACUGUCAUGAUGCAGUUGAAGCCCAAGGUCCGCACACAGUAUCUCCGAACUUCCUUUAUGACACAGGAUAACACAGAUCUGCGAAUUACGCUAGACAGGGACAUUGCCGUGUAUGCUGAGCCUAAUUCGUGGCAGAACAUUGCCAAUAUCAACGGUGUUGCCUCUGGUGAAUUCGACAUGAUGCCCUACAGUGUCGUUGAGGUCAAGGUGAGCAUGGUAGAGGGUGGCACACCAGAAUGUCCCCCGUGGAUCGAAGAAGCUCUCUUCCAAUCUGGUGCUCGAAAAAUAAAGCUGAGCAAGUACGGCUACGGUGUGAUGAAGCUAUACCCGAUCCACGCACAUCCCAGUCCCAAAUGGGCCCCAGAGAUUGCCGCCUGGACUUCAGAGCUCGGCUUUGAUCAGCAAAAUACCGGCGCUACUCUCGCCGCACCAGCCGUAAGCCACGCCGCCAUCUCUAUUGAGAGCCCACCCAGCUACAGAUCAAACAGCUUCGACAAUUUCACGGACACAGCAUCAACCAAGUCCGCGAUGAUGAGGGCCAACUUCCAGAGAAAGUACGGUAAUAUAUUCAGCAAAGCACGACGACAUGGUAUGAACCGGAAAAAGUACGGCAAGACGGACGGAAAGGCUUUCAUGGCUAAUGAGCGAACGUUCCUGAACUACAUACAAUGGACAAGUAGUCUGGCCACGUUUUGUGUGGGGCUACUACAAAUAGCCACUGGAUCCGAGGUACUUUAUGUAUCCACAGCUAUCAUACUGUUCUGUGAUGCGCUCAUCUUCUACGCGACGAUCAUCUACCAGUUGAGAAGAAUAUACUUUGUGAACAACAUCGCCUCCAGGGGUGGUCGGGUUCCAAGGUCGUUUAACGAGUGGAAGGUGAUAUCUGCGAUCAUGUUGGUAUUCUUUAUCGCUGUCAAUUCAUAUAUUGUGUACAUGUGGGUAGCGCAACCAGAAGUGCUCACGGGGCUGACAGACUCUGUAGUAUUACCGAUAGUCUGAUCAGACAAUUAGAAUUGCCAUAACGUCAUCAAAUCCUGCAUUCGGGAUGAAUAACAAACAAUAGAAUGCCUCAUGUAAAUAAAUGAAAUCGUUUCCGAAAGUUGAGCUAUCAUUCAUUUGAAAAUAUUCAUCGAUGGUAAAUAAAAUAGGAGAGACAUUCAAAAACGCGCGGUCAGAAUAUACUAAUUGCGUUGUUCUAUUUUUAACAAAGUGAGCUGUCAAACUGUUGCUG